GAAAUUGUUUAGGUGAAGAAAAUGUUGGGCCGGAGCCCGAAAACGAACCCUAGAAAUAAAAACCCAUUCGUUAUCUCCUGGUACGUAAACCAACGGAAUCACUCAUUUCACUCUAUCACUUCUCUCUCACUCUCUCUCUCAGCUCCGACGCCAUGCCUGGUCCCGUCGUCGAAGAGACUGAAGCCGAGAAAAAGCUUUUGGAUGAGCCAGUGGUGGAGGACGUGAAGGAAGAUGAGGACCAUGAUGAUGAUAUGGAUGAUUCCGACGAUGAAGAUGAUGACAAGGACGACGGAACUCUAGGUGGAACUGAAGGUUCCAAGCAAAGCAGAAGUGAGAAAAAGAGCCGUAAGGCCAUGUUGAAGCUUGGCAUGAAGCCCGUUCUUGGUGUUAGCAGAGUCACAAUUAAGAGAACCAAAAACAUAUUGUUUUUCAUCUCAAAACCUGAUGUCUUCAAGAGCCCGAACUCCGAGACCUAUGUCAUCUUCGGAGAGGCCAAGAUUGAGGACUUGAGCUCUCAGCUCCAGACCCAGGCUGCUCAACAGUUCAGGAUGCCAGAUAUGGGCUCUGUGAUGGCUAAGUCAGAGCUAACUGCCUCGGCUGCAUCUGCCCAAGCGGAUGAGGAAGAGGAAGAGGUCGAUGAGACAGGUGUCGAGCCCCGUGACAUUGAUCUGGUCAUGACGCAAGCGGGGGUGUCGAGGACCAAGGCAGUCAAGGCCCUCAAAACUCACAAUGGGGACAUUGUGAGUGCUAUCAUGGAGCUUACAACCUAGACAUUAUUAUUACUAUCUUAGCCUACUAUUCUUGCAUCUUGUUAUGAUUUUUUUGAAUCAAUGGUACUACAAACUUAGUUUCAUUGUCCUGAUUCACUUGACACUUUGGUUGAAGUAAUGAAGAUGUACCCCCCCAUUUUUCUGUUCAA